CAAACCACAUUUCCUCAAUCCAGGCGCUUGAAGCGAUACUACUUUUCCCUCAAGGUCUCCGUGGGAUGGCAGCAGAAGCCGAGCGCGGCUCGUUAGUGGGAAACGAGGAGAGUUUCAGGAGGUCUUUGUAAGGAAUGACCUUUUGAGGGAACGUCGUGGAUUUAGUUUCACAGACGCUAGAAAUACGAGCAGCGCGUUAAAGCCGCGGAGCGAGCGUGUAUAUGUAUGUAGACAUGGCAGGACUGUGCACAUCCGGGCCACAGCACCGUGACUCCAUUAUUUUCUGUUCACUGUGAAACUGGCGUUGAGGGCAACCAAAGAGCAAUUCUAUAGCACAUUCGACUCGUUUUCUGUAGUAAUCAGCCUGGAUAAGGGUCAAGGACAUGUCUAAUCAAGGAGUUAGAAGAAAUGGACCCGUUAAAUUGCGUUUAACAGUUCUGUGUGCAAAGAACCUGGUGAAGAAAGACUUCUUCCGACUGCCCGACCCCUUCGCUAAAGUGGUGGUGGACGGUUCAGGGCAGUGCCACUCGACAGACACAGUGAGGAACACGCUGGACCCCAAAUGGAACCAGCACUAUGACCUGUAUAUCGGGAAGUCAGACUCCAUCACCAUCAGUGUGUGGAACCAUAAAAAGAUCCAUAAGAAACAGGGAGCGGGAUUCCUGGGAUGUGUACGACUCCUCUCCAACUCCAUUAACCGACUCAAGGAUACAGGCUGUAAGUAUCAACGUUUGGACCUGAACAAGUUGGGGCCCAAUGACAGCGAUACCGUGAGGGGACAGAUAGUAGUUAGUCUUCAGUCCAGGGACAGGAUAGGCAGCGGAGGGCCAGUGGUGGACUGCAGUCGUCUGUUUGACAACGACCUGCCCGAUGGCUGGGAGGAGAGGAGAACUGCAUCUGGCCGGAUCCAGUAUCUGAAUCAUAUCACACGCAGCACCCAAUGGGAGAGACCCACCAGGCCUGCGUCCGAGUACUCGAGCCCCGGCCGGCCGCUCAGCUGCCUGGUGGAUGAGAACACGCCCAUCAUGACGCCCAACGGGGCAGCGGGCGUACCUGCAGAUGACCCCCGUGUGCAGGAGCGGAGGGUUCGCUCUCAGAGACACCGAAACUACAUGAGCAGGACUCACCUACACACACCGCCCGACCUGCCCGAGGGAUACGAGCAAAGGACCACACAGCAGGGUCAGGUGUACUUCCUGCACACACAGACGGGAGUCAGCACAUGGCACGACCCCAGAGUGCCCAGGGAUCUCAGUAAUGUGAACUGUGAGGAGUUGGGUCCAUUGCCUCCCGGCUGGGAGAUCAGAAACACAGCCACCGGACGAGUGUACUUUGUGGACCACAACAACCGGACCACCCAGUUCACAGACCCGCGCCUCUCCGCUAACCUGCACCUCGUCCUAAAUCCCAGUCCGAAUGGCUCCCGUGGUGCUGUUGAGGCUCAGAGCAGUCGUCCCGGACAGCUGAAGGAGCAGGCUCAGUCUGUCAUGUGUCCUGGAAAUCUCCCCGAGGACCCUGAAUGUCUCACGGUGCCCAAGUACAAGCGAGAUCUGGUGCAGAAACUGAAAAUCCUGCGCCAGGAGCUGUCCCAGCAGCAGCCGCAGGCGGGACACUGCCGUAUCGAGGUCUCGCGUGAGGAGAUCUUUGAGGAGUCAUACCGGCAGGUGAUGAAGAUGAGGCCGAAGGACCUGUGGAAGAGGUUGAUGGUCAAGUUCAGAGGAGAGGAAGGUCUGGACUAUGGUGGAGUCGCUAGGGAGUGGUUGUACUUGCUGUCGCAUGAGAUGUUAAAUCCAUACUAUGGACUGUUCCAGUAUUCACGAGAUGACAUCUACACGCUACAGAUCAACCCGGACUCUGCCGUCAAUCCAGAGCAUUUGUCUUAUUUCCACUUUGUGGGGAGGAUUAUGGGAAUGGCUGUUUUCCACGGGCACUACAUCGACGGAGGCUUCACUCUGCCCUUCUACAAGCAGCUGCUGGGGAAACCCAUCACUCUGGACGACAUGGAGUCAGUGGAUCCAGAUCUGCACAACAGCCUCGUCUGGAUCCUAGAGAAUGACAUCACUGGGGUGUUGGACCACACGUUCUGUGUCGAACACAAUGCAUACGGAGAGAUCAUUCAACACGAGCUCAAACCCAAUGGCAAGAGCAUCCCUGUCACCCAGGACACCAAGAAGGAGUAUGUGAGGCUGUAUGUGAACUGGCGGUUCCUGAGGGGCAUCGAGGCUCAGUUCCUGGCCCUGCAGAAAGGCUUCAAUGAGGUCAUCCCACAACACCUACUCAAGGCGUUUGAUGAGAAAGAGCUGGAGCUUAUUGUGUGUGGCCUGGGGAAAAUCGACAUCAACGACUGGAAGUCAAACACCCGUCUGAAGCACUGCACGCCUGACAGUAACAUCGUGAAGUGGUUCUGGCGGGCCGUGGAGUCGUAUGAUGAGGAGAGGAGGGCCAGACUGCUGCAGUUCGUCACCGGCUCCUCCAGAGUCCCACUGCAAGGAUUCAAAGCCCUGCAAGGUGCUGCUGGACCACGUCUCUUCACCAUCCAUCAGAUUGACGCCAGCACCAACAACCUGCCCAAAGCACACACUUGCUUCAACCGCAUCGACAUUCCUCCGUACGAGAGCUACGACAAACUCUACGACAAGCUGCUGACGGCCAUCGAGGAGACCUGCGGCUUCGCUGUGGAAUGAUCCUCCGGCGCCGGUGCUCGCAGAGGAAGCUUUCUCCAGGCGGGACAGACCUGUCCGUCCGCCAGCAGACGUGUGGGCCUCACCAGGAGCUCGGCCGGAUUAUACCGCAGCACUCCACGCCUGAUGCUGCUACACAGAUCUUUCUGCAUUAUUUGAAAAGAGAGAAAAAACAACAGCUCUUUUCAGCUGCUAGUAACUCUUUUACUUACUAUUUUGGAACCUUCUCUUCCUCUUUUUGUUUUCAAGUCCAUACAUUGAUUUUUAACAUUAAGACAACAUAAUAACAAUAUUUCAUGUAGCAUUUUCACAGACCAGACUUUUAAGAGAGGCCAGACUUUAGAGAGGCACGCAGAACAAGAGCUUCCUUACCGAAGACGAGAAGAGAGGACGAUCACAGGGUGCUGGACCUUAGCGAGAUCAGGGAACUGGGCUCCACUGGCCUGUUCUGGGCCGCCCUACACCAGACACCAGACUGGCGUCAUCCGCUGACUGACUUAUAAGCUUGUUGAAAGUGAACGAACCAAUACAUGAAUUCUUAGGUAGGUAGGUAGUCUAGCUUUAUUUUUAUAUGAGAGGCGUGAGAGGACGAGGUUAAAAGAGUGAAACUAUACAGAUAUAAUAUAUUGGCACGGUCCAAGGAACCGUUGCUGAUGUUUCCAGAGAAGAAAAUGAAGCUGAGCCCAUUGAAAUGGCUUCAGUGAGGUUGGCUUUGGCUUGCUUUGAAAGUUCAAAUUCCAUCUUUUUUUUUUUUUUUUUUUAGAAAAAUUGUGAAGAAAAACAUUUUAAUGUGUUGCAUUACUGGUGUCAACUUUUUGGUAAACUGUAUUCUAAUCUGUCUCCGAUGUCAAUCGAACCCUUUAAUAGAUUUAAAUGUGAUGCAUGUU